AUGAAGCUCGUAAGAUUCCUGAUGAAAUGUGCGAAUGAGACCGUCACAAUCGAGCUUAAAAACGGCACUAUCAUUCAUGGAACGAUCACAUCAGUUUCCCCCCAAAUGAACACUGCGCUCCGAACAGUCAAGAUGACCCAGCGCGGCAACGACCCUAUCUCUCUCGAUACAGUUAACCUCCGUGGAUCUACAAUAAGAUACUAUAUACUCCCUGACUCACUCCCUCUUGAUACUCUAUUAAUCGACGAUGCACCUAAACCAAAGAAUAAAGCGAGGAAAGAAGUUGCAGACAGGGGAGGAGUCCGCGGCGGUAGAGGACGAGGUGGACCUAGAGGACGUGGAGGCUUUAGAGGUGGACGUGGUAGAGGAGGUGGUCGAGGCUUUUAA